CCCCGCCUCUUCCGGCGUCACCAUUGUGUUGUAGCAUCAACAAGCUAGGUAGCUAGCUGUGCUCUAUUUUCGCCAGUAUCUCUGCCUCGGACUUCGCAGGUCUGCUGCAGCAGACUUAAAUACAAGAGUUAUCGGGCGUCUUUAUCUGAUGCCACCCGGGGAAGAGGGUGGAGUUGGCCCUCCGGGUCAACAAGCAGAGGUUGAGGAGCAGUGCCAGUGUGUGUGUGUGUCGUUCUGGAUCCGAUCAUGUCGUUGUUUUAUCUGCGGUAAACAUUUCACAUUGGAUUUAUUUAUUUAUUUAUUUUUAGACAUAGGCGGUGCAACCAAAGCCCGGUGUCAUCCCAGCACUUUUUUUUUAAAUAUAUUUUUAUUUUUGUCAAAGUGGACCCUGAGGAAAUGCGAGCUACCAGGCGAGUUAUCGUGCUAACUUUACUGAGAGCUAUUUAAAGGGGGUGGAUAUUCGAUUUUUUUUUUAUUAUUAUUUUUUAGCUGAAACGUGUUAUGUCAUUCCCUCAGCAUACACAAACCCAGAGUGUUGCUUAGGCUCGUUUGAGAAAAUCCUUCAAUCAACUCUGGCGGUUUUCUAUUUACACAAAGCUCCUCCCUGGAGCUCAGACACCAGCCGUGCUCCCGCCCCACUGAUUACCCCUCCCCCCAAAAAGCUCAACCACUUGUUGCAGCAACAAUAAUAAUAUAAGUAAAUAUAUAUAUAAUAUAUAUAGUAUAAAUAAUAAUAAUAAUAAUAAGCAGACACCUGGUGGAAAGGCACUUUUGCCGMUCUUGUAAUACUUCUUCCCAGUCCAGCCAUUUUUUGGAUUAAAAAAAAUGCCUUCAUCGCGGAGAUGUAUUUUUGGAUGCGACAGAGACUACCCUCUUUUUACGAUUCCUAAGGAUGACGAGGUUCGUCUAAAAUGGUUGGACUUCAUGUUUGGGAACGGCCCUCCGACGAAAAAAAAUGUGUAUAUUUGUGGGAGGCACUUCACUGAUGACUGCUUUCUAAACAAAAGCCAAUUUGAUAGUGGACUAAUAGGAAGAUUGUCUCUAAAAGAAGAUGCAAUUCCAACUCUCAGGAGCCCGCUGACAUCGUUGGCGCUUGCACAGGAGGCCAUGAGAAACUUCAAUGCUACUUUGGAACGGGAUCGUCUUAUCAUAUGCCACAGUCCCACAUCUGAUAAUGACGGAACUUUAAAUAUAAGCAUUCCAGUAAAUCCUGCACCAAGCGAAGCUUCUGAUUGUUCUGUCUCUGAAAAUAACAUCCUGCAAAACAUUGAAAACCCUGACUUGAUUAGGAAAAAAGCUGACCUUCCCCAGGUGAAAAAGAGGUAUAUUGUGGAUGAAAAGCAGCUCCUCCWGUUGUUCAGUAGCCAGUGCCCCACCUGUCAGUCAAAAGUCAAUAUGGAGAAGGUUGUGAGCGGCGUUGUCUUAACCCUGAAGCUGAGUUGCCCAGAGUGUGGCUACAGUAAGGACUGGAAAAAUCUGGAGAGUAAGAACAUCCCAGCAGCUGAUGAUACACAUCAGAUGGAAACUACUGUAGAGUUUGUGCAGCAAUAAUCCACUAAAAUGGUGUUCUAAAACAAUGAGGCAACUCGCCGACGAGUAGAUGAUGGAAUGGUUCCACAUUAAAUUGUUGUAGAAGUUGCAGAGGUUGUUUAGCAAACAUCAAACAGCCCCAGAGCWCAGCCACAGUGAGCAGCAGCACGAAGCAGGAAGUAGUUACACUGGCUGCCCCGGAACUUAAAUAGGGUGCAGCAGUAAUGGGUGGUCCGUGUCGGAGGUCAAACUCAGGUAACAUGGGUUACAUGCAGCCAGCAGAAUCUUAUGUUGAAACACUAAAAUCUAACCUUGCUUGAUUUYACAGAAGGCAUCGGACAGCGUCCCCGAAGUUGUUUAUUUAGUUGGAGAAGAGAAUGAUCAAAURGACUUAUCAGAUGUCUCCGGUGAACCCGAUGAGGUGGAUUCAGGUGAAGAAUGGAACCCAGAGGAYGAGGUUUUUUUUAAUGAAAAGCUCCCGACCGAGUCUGAUGAUGAMGUCUUUGAUGAUGACGACGAGGAAAUUCCUUCCAGUCACAUGGAGCUCUGCACAGACUGUGGGAAAUUUUGUAGAAAGGGAAGGCCCCACACAUGCGAACAUAUAAUCAAACCCUUUUCAUGCAAUACUUGUGGGAAGAGGUUCAUCAAUGAGUUGUCUUUAACAUAUCACACAAGAGUACACGAUGCAAGCUAUGAGAUUUCAUGCAAAUGCUGCUACAUGAAGUUCAAAAAUAAGGCAGACAAAUCUGUUCACGAGCAUAAACAUCUGACUGAAGAGAAGCCGUUUAAAUGUCUCAACUGCUCGGAGACAUUUGAAACCUAUAAUAAGCGUAUGAUCCACCUAAAGGUACACAGGGGGCCAGAGGAUUUAAAAUGUCACUUCUGUGGGUUGGAGGUUAGUCGAAUGGAUCAUCUUCGGAGGCACAUAGUUGUACACACAGGUGAAAAGCCUUACAAGUGUGUGGUGUGCGAACGUGGCUUUAACCAGGCCGGGAAUCUGAAGUCCCACAUGCGCCUGCACACAGGAGAGAGGCCGUAUAGGUGUCACCACUGUUUCCAAGGCUUCAAUCACAAUGUGAGCUUGAAGAGUCACAUCAAGCGUUACCACACACCUGGCUCUGAAAUCGAACAGAGGACGACAAACAAAAGGAAACAUGACGAUGAGGAUUAUCAAGAUUUUUGGGAUAAAGAUCCAGACUCUAGUCUUGUAAAAUCAGAACAGGAUACAGACGAUGAAGCGCAGCUGGAAGAAACGCAGCCACGCAGAACUAAGAGGAGCACAGGUAAACCGAAAGGAAGGCCGAAGAGAAACAAAGCAGAUAGCUUGUUUCAAGCAGAAGAAACAGAAGAACAGAGCUCAGACACAGAUACAGAAAACUAGAAGGACUUUGAAAGAGCGAACGUACGCCAAAACUCCAGGGUGACUCGCAGUAACGCGUACAGAACCAAUAAAUAUUCAAACACUGGAACUCGUAAUCACCUUUGUGGUGGAGGUAACUAGCAUUCCUUGAAGGAUGAGUUGCUGGAUGUUUUAUUGUUUGUUUUUUAUAAAAUGUCCCCAAAAAGGAUGUUGUGCAUCGGUAUUUUUUUCCCCUCUGUAAUCGGAUGUUUGGCUACUAUUGUUUUUGUUUAAAAACUUGGAUAAACACGGUUACAAUUGAAUUCAGUGUUAAAGGAGAGUUUUUGUUUAUAAUUUAGUAUCAGGGGCAGUUUUGAGAAUGCUUCUAGUAAAUAAUUUGCAACAGCAUUGUGAAACAUUCUGGUGUAAAAUAUGUGAUCAUAGAGCUCUUGAUAGCUUCUUUUAUUUCUGUAAAAUUGUGUCCUUUAGUUUUAUAUUAGACUUAAUGACUAAUGGAUAUAAACUGUUACAAAGUUAAAUCAAACUUUCAAAAUAAAAGCAUGACUGCUGGCA